UUUUUUUUUUUUUUUUUUGAAUAAUGAUCAGAUAAUAUAUAAGUACUUAUAAGAUUGUUAGUAAAAUGUUAUUCAAAACGAUACACAUAUAUAACAUAUAUAGGUCCAACACUUGAGAAGUCCAAUGAUGCACCACAUUUAAGGCAACAAUAAACUAAUACUUUGUAUAAUUACUCACUCAAAUGUACUUUUAAAAAUCUUUUGUUAGACUUCAAUUUACCGUUCAACCAAACACACUUCACCUUAACUAUUUAAAACUCAGUUUUACAGAAUAUUAUUUUUUAAAGUAAAGAGAAAAAGACCUAACUAUACAAGAAAAGAUGGUGCAAAGAAAAAAAAAAAAAACAAGAAAAAAGAAGCAGGAUUGACAAAGUGGCACAUUGUUGCGCCUCUAUAGACCUAGUGCAUGCUAAUGAUAACUAAUAUUACAAGCAAAGCAAAGAAGUCUCCUACUCUCAUAUAAAACUAUUUCAUCUAUACCAGCUAUUUAUAUCUAAGACAACAUAAAACAAUAUAGUAUAGAUAUAAGUGUACUUGUAGUUAGUUACCAAGUAAUAAGUACUUCGUAUAUAUAUAUAUACAAACCCAAUUCAAAACCAUAUAUUAAUAAUCACUUCCAUUAAUUUCUUCUUCAGUUUUUAUACAUGUUCAAUUAUCCAUAUACAAAACCAGCUUUUGCAUUAUUACAUCAAAUUCAUAUAUCUUGUUAUUAGAGCAUACGAGAGAAAGUUAUGAGUGACUCAAGCACUCAAGCAGGUGAUGAACACAACACUAUUCUAACUACAAAGAAAUAUGAAAAUGGUCGUAGCAAUUCCAAAGAGAUGAUGAUACUGUACAAGGAAUGCCUUAAGAAUCAUGCAGCUUCCCUUGGAUCCCACUCCACCGAUGGUUGUGGCGAGUUUAUGCCCCCCUCCGGUGACAACGACGCUUUUCUGUGCUCAGCAUGCGGCUGCCACCGCAACUUCCAUCGUAAGGAGGAGGUGGAGGUAGCCCACGUAGGCAGCAACAAUUAUACUUAUUUAUCAUAUUACCACUACCAGCGUAAUACUAGUAAUAUUACCAAAAAUCAAGUACAAGAAUGUCAUCAAGAUAAGGUUACUGCCCUAACAGCAAGGCACGGGUCCCACAAUAGUCCUAGUCUAAAUGUGGGGCCCGCGGCCACGCCAUCAGAGAAUGAUGGGGAACAAAUAAUGGUAGAAGGGAUGAAAAUGAGUAAGAAGAGACAUAGGACUAGAUUUACAAAUGAACAAAAAGAGAAAAUGUUGGGAUUUGCUCAAAAGACAAAUUGGAAGAUACAAAGGGUGGAUGAAGGAUUAGUGCAACAAUUUUGCCAAGAGGUUGGGAUUAAGAGGAGAGUGCUUAAGAUUUGGAUGCACAAUAACAAGUACCUUUUUGUUAAGAAAGGCACUAACUCUACUCUUAAUGAUCAUGAUGCUAGUGAUUCCUCUGAUAAAUUAAAUGAGUAAGGCUACUUGGUUCUUUAAUGGGUUAAAUCAUUCUACUUUCUAACUUAGCUUAGAAUUCUUUCUUUUAAUUACCAUCUAGAAUCCUUGUCACUCUUUUUUAUGCUAUUAUAUUAUCUAGAUGUUUUGUCUAUAAAUAAGAUAGUUCAAAAUGAUUUUGUUA